AUGGAAACAAAGUCUGAAUAUGGUCUAUCGAAAGAGGGACAGAGUUCUUUGGGUAAAGUUGUUGUUGAAUUAAAAAACGUUCUAUUUUCAGUGACUAGGUAAAUGCUUAUUGAUGAUGAUCCUUCAUUGCUUUUAAACAUAGCUUCACUUUUAAUCCAGUUGCUUUAAAUGACUUACAUCUGUUUUAAUAGAAAUCUGUACAAGGCUUGGAAGCAUGAUUAGAUUGCAGAGUAUGUUAGCAAAAUAACUGGCUAUGUUCUACUAUCACCACAAUAUGAGAGGAUGUCAUAUUCUACAAUGGUGAUAUUGACAUAUUUGUUUGUGGGUAUAAUUGCAUUGGAAAUUUUACUGUAUUUGGUACUAAGCAAUAGGACUGAAAAACUGAGCAAAACUCUACCUAUGGCAAUGUUAAAGUCAAUAAUAAAUUUGAUGCUUUCAAUUUUAUAUAUGCCAAUAGUAGAUUUGUUUAUUUCAGUAUGGACAUGCUAAGACUCUUACCACUUCUCAUUCACUAAUUAUGAAUGCUGGGCAGGCAGUCAUACAGUUCAUUCGAUUGUAGCAAUAAUCUUUUUGAUAAUAUUCUACACUUUGAGUGCUGUUCAUUCAUUUCUCUAUUAUGAGGCUCGCUUUGUCUACAACAAUCCUUUAUCAAAAUAGAAUGGAUUUGAUGAUUUUAUUUUAAAAACUUAUAUUCUGAUUUAGGUAUUGAAUUACUCAUUUAUCGAUUCGCAAUAUGUUUAGGUGAUUCUUAUAGCUUUUGGAAACAUAACUCUCUACAUAUAUAAUUAUCAUUACAAUACACAUAACAAUUUGAUUAUCUACAAACUGUGGUAAAUGAUAAUUGCCGUAAAUAACUGGACUUGCAUUAUGUUAGCCUUCAGUAAGAUCCUAGAGGAUGUGAUAUUUAGAGGUACCAUUUAUGCAUGGCUUUUGGGAAUACCUCUAUUGGUAAUAAUAGUAAUAUAAAACCCGGAAGAGAGAAUCGAUUUGUUACUAUUGGACAAUAUGAAAGGGACAAUAAAUCAGAUCUUAUUGUAGCAGCAUCAUUUGUUGCGAUUGCAUAAUUGGAACACUCAGCUAUUCAAUAUAAUUUUGGAUGGAUAUUUAAAAACUCAUAAUUAAACCUGUAUUAGACCUGACUGUGGUAAAGAGCUAAUCAAGAUCAUCUAAUAAAAUUAUUUGGAUGCAAGCAAGAGAUUUCCAUAUGACUAUUAGUUGAAGAUUAGAUAUGGAUUCUUUUUACUCCAUAUUGGUUAAAGACAGUAUGCUUUGUAGGAAUUCAAUUAAGCUCAAAAUUAGAAUCCUACAAUGGAUUACGAGUUUGUAUUGUUUAGAUACAAGAAAAUUAUUGAGGAUGAGAUGAACGAUUAGAAUGUUGAAUAGAUAGAUACGCAUAAUGAAGCUAUUUACUUAAAUAUUAUUAAGAAUUUUUAAAGCAAGAUCGAAAGAGUUACUUUAAUAAAUAUGGAUUUCUGGUCUUAGUUGUAAGAGGAUUAUCCAGAUUUAGGGAAAUUGAAUUAGAUAGGUCUGAAUAUUCAUAAUCUAAUGAAUGAGAUUGAAAUGACUUGGAAUCGAUUACAGAAGACAAAAUAAAACACAUAGAAGAGUUUAAAAAUGUAUAGUAAAUUUAUGAUCGAUGUUGUGCAAGAUCAAGAUUAUGGUGAGUUGUUGUAUGAGAAAUCUAGAGUCAUGGAUGCUUCUUAUGUGAGGAAAGGCAUAUAGAUGGCAAGUAAGGAGGAAAUCAGCAUGGAAAGUCUACCAACAAUAAUAAUUUCAUUAGCUCCUGAUAAGUUUGGUUAGAUCAUCAAUCUAAAUACUGCAUGUCAUGUAUUUGGAUAUAUGAAGAAUGAAUUAGUUAAUAGGAAAUUGAAUGUCUUGAUUCCCAAUAUCUUUCAAAAAGCCCAUGAUUAAUUAAUGAAAUUGGGAUUUGAUUAAAAAUUGAAUAAAGAGAGAUCGAUUUAUGUCAAAAACAAAUAGAAUUACCUCAUCCCUUGCAUCAUAGAGAUGAAGGCCUUAACAUCCUUAGAUUAAUCAGUUAUGAUAAUAGCAUAAUUUAAAUUAUUCAAACCAUAUAAGCAAACUUGCUAUAUCUUAUUCGAUAGUGAUGAUAUUAUAGACUCGAUCUCAUUUAAUUGUAUCAGUUUACUUGGUUUGGAUUUGCGUUUGAUAUAGAACAAGAAACUGUUGGUGAGUGAAAUAUUUCCCUAAUUGGAGGAUAAGAGUGAGUUUCUAAUUAAAGGAGGAGGGAUUAUCUAAUACAAGAUACCAGAGGAUAUUGCAAGUGGUUUGAUUCCAUCUAAUGAAUACAUAGAUGAGAAGUCCAAGUUUGCUUAGGAAUUCAUUUGUACUUUGAAUUCAGUGACACUAAAUAAUUUAUAAUUAGGGUUUAUGAUGAAAUUAGAGUAAAAAGAGAGUGAAAAUCGAUUGAUGCCAUUAAAGAAACAAAAAUCUAAUUUCUAAUUUAAAUAUAAUGUUGGUAAGAAGAUCUUUUUGGGAGAAUUCUCUACUGAUUAAGUCUCAGCUAUACCUGAUUUAUCUUCGAUUCAUGAUUAAACUGUUGAUGUCAGUGCCAUGUCUGUAAAAAAUCAAUCAAUCACACAAGUGAAAUCAUCAGAGGAUCAAAAAUUUGAUUAUGGAGAGGGAAUUAAAACAUUACAACUCUUUUAAAAUCGUAUUCAGGAAAUUGAUAAAGAGGAAAUUAUAGAAGAAUUUGAUGAGGAACACUAACAAAGUGUUUUUCAAAAUAACAUAGAAUCACAGUAAGAAAAUGAAAGUAGUAUUAAUAAUAACAUAUUUAAAUCAAGAGCAUCGCUGUAAGAAUAAAUAAAAAAUUAAGGUAGAAUUUCUAUUAUUUCUAAAAUGAUUUGGUUUACUAACAUUUUAUAUUUAACAAUGACAGCUUUGGCAUUUUUUGAAUUUUUCUAUUUAAAUCAAUAAUACAAUGAAAUUGAAGAAAACAUCAAUUUGAUUGGUAAAGAAAAUCAAAUGCAUGCUGGAUUAUAAACUAUUUUGGCUAAUAUAUAAAAUUUGAAGAUGCUCAACUUAGGUGUAUGGUAGAAUGUAAAUAAAUCUGCAUAUGAAACUACUUAAAAGGAGGAACUUAUUAAGCAAUUGAAUCAAGUUCAAGAUUUAAACAAGGAAGUAUUAAUGAGUGACUUAAAAUUAACAGAUGUUUAUUCCAAUCUGAAGGUUUCAGAUGCCAUUAAAAUGUAUUUUAGUACAAGUUCAAGCUAAUAGUAUGAUUAUAUGGAAGCAACUCAAUAAAUUAUCAGUAAAGGAAUUGAAGUGUCGAAUCUGAAAUUGGGAGACAUCACUGAAUAUUAAUCUAGUGUUUUCUUUGUGGAAUACAACCUUCUAAAUGCAUAUUGGAUUGCUUUAUAAGAUGUGUCAGAUUAAUUUAUUUUAGCCUUGGAUGAUAGAACAACUAGAUAGGAGAAAGUUGAAAUUGUUGUGAUUACACUCUCCGCUGUUAUGUUAUUUAUAUCGUUAAUCAUAUAUUCAAUAUCAAUCAUACUAUUAGCUUAGAUGAGACUGUCAAUACUGCAAUUAUUCUUAGAUAUUCCAGAAAAGACAGUGAAGUAUUUCUACAGUAAGUGCGAGAAUUAUAUAAGUAAUCUGUAAGUAGGAGAUGAGGAUGAAAAUGUCUCAUUCUAAGAAGAUUUGGAAGAGUAAGCAGAGUUGAACAAAACAUUGAAAUCAAGAAAGAAGAAGAAGAAGUUUAUCAACUCUAAUUAAAAUCAUAAGGAUCAUAUAUUGCUUUUUGUAUUUUCUGUUAUGACUUUACAAGGCUACUUCAUAUUCGCUUACUUUGUAACCUAAAAUGAAUUAAAAAAUUUGAAUUAGCAAAUAGCUGAAUUCAACAUCACAACUAGAUGUGAAGGGUUUUACAGAUUUUGUGAUAAUUCAGAAAGAUAACUCUUUUAUAAUCAGGAAAUAAAAUUGUUAAACCAGGAGCCUUAUCAAGUUAUCAAGUAAAACGUAAAGGACAUGUAUGCAUUUGAUACGUCAAUGCAACAACAACAUGCUUUGAACAUCGAUGUAUAGAACUCAGAUUACAGAUCUGUCUAUGACCAUAUUAUGAUGUCUGAUCCCUGUGAUGUUCUACCCUCAUAUGGAUCUCCGGAUACUGUUACUUGCCAAGCCUUUGCAAGAGGGGCAUUGGCAUAAGGGAAUUCCAUAGGAGUGGCAAGAUACAUCGAGAAUUUGAGAUACAUCAUAACAAUUUAUGACAAAUUCAUAGGUCUUGGGUCUAAACCCAAUUUCACAACAGUUGCAAGAGGAGAUGCUGUGGAUUCUAAGAUAGUUGAUGACCCUGAGAAGAACAAUCUAUUGAAUCUGAAUAACUUCAAUCAGACCAAAGAGGCUAGAGCCUAUUAAUCGAAUUAUUUAACACCUGCUUUUCAAUACUUGACUGAUCACAUGAUCAGCGGAUUCAGUAAGGAUUUAAGUGAUCACAUAGCGUAGAAAUUGGCAGUGUUCAUUGUAUUUAAUGUUGUUCUUUUCAUAAUGUAAUUUUUGAUUAUGUAUCCGUUCCUUUUGAAAUUGAAUAAGCAUAUAUCGAAUACAAGAUUGUUGUUGACAAUGAUCCCAUUGCGACUAAUACUCAAAAUAUACUCUAUUAGAAACUUUAUCAAAAAUAAUUUAUCUGAUAUUUAAUAUUGA